AUGAAAACCUGGAUCAACCCAUUCACGCGCCAUGACCGGCAAGAAUUCCUCGGCGUCGUGAUCCCCCUCUCUCAAGCAACUCGCUUCCAGCACCUGAACACCGUGACCUCCGACUCUGAGACGCCCGACCACAAACCACAAGACGCCGAGGAUAAAGACAAGCUGGACCGAAUCGGAUCCGAGGAAAAUGGCGCUGCUUCCAACCCGGAGUAUAGCCAUCAGACCAUCGAAGCCAUUCGCGCCGAAGUUGAGUCUGAGAUCUCGACAUCGGGACAUGACACUACUUAUGACCGAAAGGCUAAAGUGAUCAACUUGGCCAUCCAGGACAUCGGAAUGGGCCGUUAUCAGUGGCAGCUCUUUAUUUUGUGUGGAUUUGGCUGGUUUGCGGACAAUCUCUGGCUUCAGGGCAUUGCAUUGACCUUGAACCAAGUGUCUCAAGAAUUCGGCAUCUCCGAUACCCGCGUACGCUUCACGACAGCUGCUUUGUUCGUCGGUUUAUGUAUCGGCGCUUCCUUCUGGGGAAUCGCUUCUGACGUUGUUGGACGUCGUUUGGCGUUCAACAUGACUCUUCUGAUUUGCGGCAUCUUUGGUAUUUGUAUUGCAGCAAGCCCUACUUGGAUUGGUGUAUGCGGUUUGGCUGCUGCAAUGGGUCUCGGUGUGGGUGGAAACUUGCCUGUUGAUGGUGCUCUCUUCCUCGAGUUUCUGCCCUUUGCGUCGGGUAAUUUGCUCACUUUACUGAGUGUUUGGUGGCCCGUUGGCCAGUUGGUGGGAAGUCUCAUUGCUUGGGGCUUCAUCCCUAAUUACAGCUGUGAUGCCGAUUUGCUUGCCUGUUCGGCCGUUUCUCCUGGAGAAGCAUGCUGCCGUAGAGAAGACAACAUGGGCUGGCGAUACCUGUGUCUCACCUUGGGAGCUAUAACGUUGGCCAUGUUUGCUUGCCGCUUCUUCUUGUUCCAUCUCUACGAGUCUCCCAAGUUCUUGCUUUCUCGUGGCCGCCAAGAAGAGGCUGUGAGGACUGUACAUGCUAUCGCAUACAAGAACAAGGCCAAGACAUGGCUCACUGUCGACAUCCUCAACGAGAUUGGAGGUCAUCCCAGCGAAGGUGGCGACGCAAAACUGACCCGCUUCGAGAUUAUCAAACGUUCUCUUUCAAAAUUCUCUGGCGAGCGCCUCGGCCCCCUUUUCCACACCAAGAGACUAGGUACCACUACUGCACUUCUCUGGUUCUGCUGGGCUACUAUCGGAAUGGGAUACCCUCUUUUCAACGCCUUCUUGCCACAAUACCUUGCUCACGCAGGAUCCGACGCUGUCACACCGAUCAAUAUCACAUACCGAAACUAUGCCAUUACCUCCGUUGUUGGCGUUCCUGGCUCAAUCAUCGGCUGCUACACCGUCAACAUUAAAUAUAUUGGUCGCAAAGGCACCAUGGCAAUCGCAACCAUGUUGACUGGCAUCAUCCUCUUCUGCUUCACAGUCUCCAACGACUCCAACAUCCAACUAGUUUGCAGCUCUCUGGAAUCCUUCUUCCAAAACAUCAUGUACGGCGUCCUGUACGCCUACACACCCGAAGUCUUUCCCGCACCGAACCGUGGAUCCGGAACUGGAAUCGCCAGUUUUUUCAACAGAUUGUGCGGUGUCAUGGCUCCGAUUGUGGCCAUCUAUGGCGCGAAGAAUAAUGCAAGUGCGCCGGUUUAUGCUUCCGGUGGCCUGAUUUUGGCGGCUUUUUGUGCGAUGGUGUUUUUGCCGAUUGAGACGAGGGGGAAGCAAUCAUUGUAA